AUGAGUUAUCUCCUACAAAGGGGUCAAUUGAGCGGAACCGUUUGCUGCGCGUUGGAAAGUAUCAUCAGCAUUUUGAGGAUCUACUUCCUUUUGAAAAGACACCUGGAUGAAUACGACGCAGACUACCAGUCCGUGCGCAACAAACUGGGAAACUUUGGCUUGGAAGGUUAUGCGCAUGAAAUUCCCAUAAAAGAUCUUUCUGGAGGACAAAAGGCUCGUGUCGUUUUCGCCGCACUUUACUUCAUGCGACCACACGUAUUGUUUCUUGAUGAGCCCACGAACCACCUCGAUAUCGAGUCCAUUGAAGCUCUGAUUUUAGCAAUCAACGAGUUUACGGGAGGGGUCGUGUGCAUCACACAUGACUCACGCUUGAUUCAGGAGGCCCAGUUGGAAAUGUGGGUUGUUGAAGAUAAUAAUUGUUACGAGUAUGACGGAACCUACGAGACCUAUAAAUCAAAAAUAUUAAAGUGUAUCGAGGAAUACGGUUCUCAUCAUAAUAAAGAAAACUAA